AGUCACAUAUUAAUCGACAUGGUAUCGCAGCGCACAUUCAACUUGAGUUUCAUGUUUAACCUCCCAUUCUUUUAAAGCGUCUUACCAGUAAGUUGCUUUUGCUAUUGGUAGUGUGCUAGUAGGGUUCGGGCAAUGGAACAGUAUGCACGAAUGAGACAGUUAUAGUUUGUUUAUUUUUUAUCUUGUGUAUAUGUACAAUCAAUGUGACAAUUGGUGUGGAGGUACGUACACGCGUAGAAUGAAUUUGUGUAACUUGUAGGUUGGACAGGUAAAUUAACGACGGCAAAUUAGAUGCUAAUAUACUCGUGACACACCUAUUCUAAAAAUUUUCUUAUAAAUAAAAUAGCCUUCGCUUUUAAUCGGCAGUUUUAGAUAUCCCUAAAAAUAUCGUUCGAACGUUCGGUUUUUUGGCGCUUAAAAAUUAUACCUGUGCGGAAUAAAUCGCACCAAUAGUUAUAGUGACAUUAGUUACAAAUUUGUGUAUAAAUAACUAUUCACGUCAUACCUUUUAAUGGGUGGCCAGGUAAGCAGGCACGACAGGAGUUUUAACGCGUUUUUGCAACAUAUAUAUUAUGUCAUUGUUUCUUAUUUAAAUUUUUUCGAUUCGUGGGAACAUUCAUAAAAAAUAUAAAUAUUUAUGUUUUUAAAUUUCUACCUCUAUCAUGGUGUUGUUCGGGUUUUUGGGUGUCAGUUAUAACAGCAGGUUGUAGUCAGUUUAGUAGACCUCUUUUUAAUCCUGUAAUACCGGAAUCGGUAGGAUCCAUAGCGCGCCACUAGGGGAUUAUGGUAAUUUGAAAAUACCACAAAUUCAAUUCCUUUUGAUUUCCAGAGUAUACUCAUUUUAAACGUGAAGUUCGUUGAUAAACAAGAUUUAUUUGAUAAUAUGGAUUCCAAGACAUCUUUAUUAGUAAAUUCAAAAAAUGAGCUGUACUGACCAUUAUCAAGAUAUUUUAAAAUACUUAGAAGAAUCUCAGAAUGAAAUUGCAAAAGUCUUUGAGGUUCCCUGUAAAACCGAAACUAUCAAGAAGUACGAAAAAAAGGAGGAAGAAGAAACAAUAAAAGACGAUACUGACAUUAAGAUUUUAAUGAAAUUAAACGAAAAAAUAGAAUCAGAUGUAACCGAAUUGCUAGCAAAAAACGAAUUGAGUAGAAACACACGAUACAACGAUACUAUUUUUAAUAACCUAAACGGCAAUCGAAAGGAUCGUAAUUGUAAAGAUAAAUAUAGUAAUCAAGUUAUUCCUCAAGUCGGUUCAUCGAAAAAUCACUUGCUUAUCGAAAAUCAUCGUAUAUGCAAUGACGUCAGCACCCAAACCUCACCAAACUCACUUUCUCCCAGUUAUACGAAUCUCACAUGGGCCUCAGAUUAUUCCUCAUCGCCAUGUCUCACUUCGGGUUCUGAAUCAGAUAACGAAGUAUUUGAAGAUGUGAGUAGUCUCACCCCGUCCCCGUUACAAAGACCAACGUUUGUGAAAAAUGUUGAAAGAAAACAAAUACUAGGCUCAAAAUUUUCUUCCACGCCAGUUUUGAAAACUAAAUAUGAUAAGGUGAAUAAGCAGUGUCGUUCCCAGUCCGACCGACAUCUAGCUGAAAUCGAAGCCGCCGAAGCGUGUAAAUGGCUGCGAGCGACUGGAUUUCCUCAAUAUGCUCAAUUUUAUGAAGAAAACCGGUUUCCAAUAGAUAUUUCUACGGUUUCUCAAGAUCAUCCCUUACUCGAACCAGACGUUUUGCAUUCUCUUUUUAGAAGGUUACAAAUUUUAAAUAGUUGUGCACAUUUGCACCAGCAAAAACAAGUUGUAAAUACCGAUGAUUCUGAAGAAGAUGAGUGCUGUGCUUUAUCAGAUAACUGGACAUAUCAAAGUGAUAUCAAACGAUGGUCUAGAACUAGUUACCAACCACCUAUUCAACAUUCUAGUGAUAACGUCCCAAAGGAAUCUUCAAUAGUAAAUAGUGAAAUAGUGAAUAAAAAUCUAGUACUUCCAAAUAAACCAGUGGCUGUUCAAAAAGAACCGUUACUAAAAAGGGGAAGCAUAAAAUACCGGCAACGUAGAGAAGGGAUCGUAGUAUGCGAGAAAAAUAAUUUACUAGAUAAACUUACACAGUUACAAGGAUUGAAAGUAUCCGAUUUGAGACACAAUUCAGAUUCGGAGGCGACACCUAGAACGUCAAGACGUUCUAGAACUCUAUCGCUGGACAAAACAGAUACUUGGUCCACCACUAAUAUAAAAAUUAACAGAAUAAUUUGGAAUGAUGGACCUUGCCGUGAUGUAGAUUUGCCAGACAAAGAUGUUGAAUUUGAAAUAGAAGGACCAUAUUUAUAUUCAUUAUGUGCCUCUCAAUUGCAAGUACUUCGUAAGUUAGCUCUGUUGAAGUUGACAGCUCACAUGGAAAAAUACUGCCCCGCACAUAGAACCGGAUGGAACUGGGAUUUACCCAAAUUUUUAAAGAAAAAUAAAUCACCGCUGUACAGAGACAGAAACAUAUUCGGUGUUCCAUUAGCAGUAACGUUUCAAAGAUCUGGAAGGUUUUUGCCUCGUCAAAUCGAAGAAGCCAUGCAGUGGCUUCAAGAAAAUGCUUCAGAUCAAGUAGGUAUAUUUAGGAAAUCUGGAGUUAAAUCGAGGAUCCAAAUGUUAAGGAACAAAAUUGAAUAUAAUUCAAUGAUAGAUUACAGUGAAGAGCAGUGUUACGACGUAGCUGACAUGUUGAAACAAUAUUUUCGUGAAUUACCUGAAACAUUACUUACCGGAAAACUUUCUGAAACAUUCGUUUUAAUUUUUCAAUAUAUUCCUGGAUUUUUACGCAUGGAAUCUGUCACGUGUGCACUGUUGUUGAUGCCUGAGGAGCACGUGCAAGUUCUUCAAGCCCUAUUACAUUUUUUAUUGAAUAUAUCUAGUAGGUCAGACAUAAAUCAAAUGAAUGAAUAUAAUCUAGCAAUGUGUUUAGCACCCACGCUAUUCCAUUCUGCGUCUCUUUCCAAGCCUCUACAAUGUGGUGGUGUACCACAUCCAAAGGAACUGGCAGAAAAUAAAGCAGCACAAGAAUGUUUGAUGUUUUUUCUUAAAUAUUUCCAGAAUAUAUUCAAGAUACCAAGAGAUUUCAUAAAUCAGUGCAAUUCUAGUGAUAUGAAAGAAAUAAAACCAAAACUAUUGACAGAUAUAGGUGAUGAUAUAGGAGGUUGGAGAGAGUACUUGAACGAAUGUCAAAAUAACCUAUUAAAAGAGACGAAAGAGAAAUCGCGGGGUUGGGUGCAAAUACCCCCACAUUGUCCUAAUUCAAAAAUACUAAUGUUUUAUAAAAAAGUGGUUGAUGGAUUACCGCUAAAAUUAUGGAAGAUUUCCGCAGAAAUAGAAGCACCACCAUCAGAAGUCACGCAUAGAAUUCUAAGAGAACGGCAUAUGUGGGAUUCUGAUUUAGUUUCGGCUAAAAUAAUUGCGCAACUAGAUAACCAAACUGAAAUAUUUCAGUACGUCAGGAAAAGUAUAGUACCUGUACCCAAUGAAGAAUACUGCGUUAUAAGAACAUGGAAGUCAAAAUUACCAAAAGACUCUUGUACGAUCGUAGAAACUUCCGUUGAGUACCCCGGGACAAUUCAACUACCUAAUACCAUUAGAGGCAUUGUAUUGGCUUCUAGGUAUCUUGUAGAACCUUGUGGAUCGGGAAAAUCAAGAGUUAUCCAUUUCUCCAGGGUAGACACCAUGGGAAGAAGUCCAGAUUGGUACCACAAAAACUAUGGAUAUUUAUGUGCAGUUUUUAUCAAGCAUUUACAAAGUUCAUUUUACCAAAAUACAAAUGGUCCAGAAAGCCAAGUAUAAAUACCAAAGAUUCUUAGCUAAUUUAUUGUUUUUACAUCACAUGACAAAGUCGCAAUUUAUAUUUUUAUAGCAAAAUUUAUAAUAGUUCACUCUAUACAUUAUAUAUAUAUUUUUAUAAAUCGUAAAUAAAUAUGUACAGGGUGUAUCUUGGACAACAUUUAUUAUACAAUUUAAGAAAACAAAUUCUCUUCCAUUUUGUUAUCCAUUACUUGUAAAAAGUAGAUUUGUGACAAAAUAUUGUAUUGUUUUUUUUUCAAAUAUAUGGAUUGUCUAUUUUGUAUUAUACAAUGUUUCUAAAUCACCCAUUACUUACUGUUACU